UGUUCAUUCAAGAUAAUUCACUUGAAAACAAAACGUAGAAUUUUCAAAAAAAAUAAUAUAGAUAUAUUUUAAAUUGCGAACCAAAGUCUCUUGGAAAUUAUGGCCGUUGCAGUGCGACUGGUGGAAGCCCUGACCCUGAUCACCAUAAUGGGGCUGAUAACAUGUCUGAGCCUCAGCGUGAGUCUGGCCGAGCGUGCUAUCAGUGUGAUCAUGGUGUUUCUCCAGCCAGCAGCGUAUAUCGUGCAAUUUGGGUUGCUUUUUGUUGAGAAAAUUCUGGUGUAUGCUUUGCUCUGCAUAUUGGGUUUUGUCAAUACGGUGGCCAAAACUCUGCGUGUGACUGGUCUAGCCUAAGCAUCGUUCAGUCAUUUGCCCUCUGUCAUUUCCGUCUUCUGAUCAAUGUCGAAGUAUCAAUAAAUUAUUGUUAACAUUUUUUUAAAA